AUGGCGCUAUCUGGAGGACUGAGGCUCUGUCAGAGGAUUUUCUCCUGGAUUCCUGUUCUUAUCAUCACCGCUGUGGCUCUGUGGUCUUAUUACGCUUAUGUGUUCGAACUCUGCUUGUUUACUGUACAAAAUACAUUUGAAAAGGCGGCCUACCUGUCGUUGUUCCAUGUGUGCUUUGUGAUGUUCUGCUGGACAUACUGGAAGGCCAUUUUCACUCCACCCGCCUCACCAUCCAAAAAGUUCCAUCUCAGCUACAGGGAUAAAGAGAGAUAUGAGAUGGAGGAGAGACCCGAGGUGCAGAAGCAGAUUCUGGUCGACAUCGCUAAAAGGCUUCCCAUCGUCACACGAGCUCAGUCAGGAGCCGUCAGAUUUUGUGAUUACUGUCAGCUGUUGAAGCCGGACCGCUGCCAUCACUGCUCAGUUUGUGAGAGGUGUGUUUUAAAAAUGGAUCAUCACUGUCCAUGGGUAAACAACUGUGUUGGCUUCUCAAACUACAAGUUCUUCUUGCUUUUUUUGUUCUACUCGAUGCUCUACUGCGUCUUCAUUGCAUCCACCGUGUUUCAGUAUUUUAUUAAGUUCUGGGUGGGGGAGAUUUCAAACGUUCACGCUAAGUUCCACGUCCUGUUUCUCUUGUUUGUGGCUGUCAUGUUCUUUGUGAGUCUCAUGUUCCUGUUUGGUUACCACUGCUGGCUGGUGGCAAAGAACAGAUCCACACUGGAGGCGUUCUCUGCUCCCGUGUUCCAGAACGGUCCUGACAAGAACGGCUUCAAUGCAGGAGUGCGCAUGAACCUCCUCCAGGUGUUUGGAGACAAUAAAAGGUUCUGGUUGGUUCCGAUCUUUACCAGUCAAGGUGAUGGGCACCAUUUCCCUCUGCGCACCCUGAACGAAUGUCGAAAUCCUUUAUUGGCCAGUGAGGGGAGGUGGGAGGACGACGGCGGCUCGGAUGAUGACAGCUCAGAUGCUGAAAUGGGAAACGGCCUUUCAGUCGCUGUCGAUGUUGAAUAAUCCCAGUUGAGCUACAUUCCUUACUGAGAAGCACUUUAAUCUGGAAGCCAGUAAAGAAAAGCAUGAAUGUGGGACGAGCAGACGACGUUCCAGAUGCCGGACCACUCCAGAACCAGAGGUUCAAACGGUUGAGGGACCAUUAAGUGGCUUGUGUGUUGUUUUAUAUUUUUAACUUAUUCGUUCUGGAUUUUUAUCACUCGCCAGCACUUCUGUCCUCUGAGAGAAGCCAAGAACAGUUACCGACCGGCUGGUUCUUCAGGCCUGGACUUAUUAAGCAUUAUCUCUUCAUUUAAUAAAUGUACAUCACAAAUUCUGUUCUGUUUUGGCAUUAAUACUCAAUGGCAGGAGUUAAUACUCUUAUUUCGAUGUCUUUUACUUUAAAAAACACUAAUAAAUAUGAUCGCCUAAAGUAUGUGGACGACCCCUGUGACCCCAGCAAAAGUUCUAUAAGUCAAUUUGUUUUUUCAGUUGUGCUGUUAUUGUCAAAAUGUCUAGCUGGCACAAUUGGCAGUGCCUGCAGCAGACACACUCACUCACUUUCUUAACCGUUUAUCCAAUUAGGAGGGUGCUGGAGCCUAUCCCGGCUUUUCAAUGGGCGCAAGGCACACCGUAACACCCUGGAUGGGGUGCCUGUCCAUCGCCGGGCAGACACAAAUACACACACAUUCACCUGUAAGGCAAUUUAGUGUCUCCAAUUAACCUGACUGCAUGUUUUUGGACUAUGGGAGGAAACCGGAGUUACCGGGGGAAACCCAAGCAGACACAGGAGAACAUGCAAACUCUGCACAGAUCGAACCCAGGACCUUCUUGCUGUGAGGCGACAGUGCUACCCACCGUGCCACUGAAGGUACAAAUGUACCUCCACUAGAAUCCACUUUCUAACAUCUAUAUUUGAUUAUUGUGAUCUUAAUUAUUUUGAUUUUUGAGCUUCUUGCACCUUAUCUGCUGCCAUCUUCCACUCGGUACUCUUUCACAUUAAAAACAGUAUUUCUUUAUGCAGAUUUGCAUUUCCUGCCUUUUUGUUCCCCAAAUUGUACCGGAUUCAUUGUGUCAGAAUGUAUUGAGUCAGGAACUGAAUCAGAAGACGGUAGUAAACGAUGUAGUACUGAAUGAAUGACCGACUGACUGACGUAUUCCAGGUAAAAGCAGACCUGACCCGUAUUUUCUGACUGACCGACGUAUUCCAGGUAAAAGCAGACCUGACCCGUAUUUACUGACUGUCCUCAGAUUUUUUCUCUUUAUAGAGGAAGUCAUUUUUGCACUGCAAUUAUUAUUUAAAGAACCUUGACAUGCACUAAUGACUGACUCACACUGACGUUCAGCCUGGUCUCGUUUCUUAAGAAGUCUUUUAAUGUCAUUUUGUAAUUGUGUAAGUUUAUGUACUUCCUGUUACUGAAUACUGUAUUUCUGUAUGUACAUCACAUGUUCCUUUGUCAUUUUCUCAUGGAUUUUAUUAUUUUUUAACAUUUUAUUUAUCUGUAUAACCGAUUCUGGUACAAUUUAUGACAUUCUUGUACAUUUAUUUUCAACGGUACAGAUUAAACAUUACAACAAAUAAA